UUCACGACAAGUUGUUGGAAAUCUUACUCAUUACAAAAGUACAAACGGAUUCUACGGUUCAUUUUCAUUCCCAUUUUUCUCCUUUGCUAAAUUUAUAUUCCUUCUUCCACAACCAACAUUUCUUCCUUCUUCUCACCCUGACAUUCUCCGGAUUUUUUUCACUGCUUCAUACAUUUCUCAGAUAAGUUUUUUCUUCCCACAUUUCUCACAAUCCCCUUCUUUCUUUCUCUUCUCGGUUUUCUCUCUUUUGUCUUCCAUAAUUCGGCCUACCUCGUUCUGCAUUUCAUUACAGGGGAGUUUUUCUUUUUUCGUACUUUUUAGGGACCUUUUAUUUGCAAAUUUUUUAUUUAUAACAAUUGUUUGAUUCCCCUUCCUCUUGGACUAGUCAACUUUCCUUGGUUUGGAUUCGUUUAAUUUUAACUUGUGUAGUUGUAGAAAUUAGGUAUUUUCCCUCGUUCUUGGUUCUUUAUAUUGAUUGAUUUUUGAUGGGAAAGCAAUCUGGGAAGAAGAAGAAGCAGAUUGGUGAUAAAUUUCGUGAGGCGAUUGCCAAACAUCGCCAAAAUGGAGAUGGAAGCUGUCCAACUUAUGACAAGGACCAUGUAAUUUUUAUUACCAUGUCCCAGGUUUUAAAGGAUGAGGGCAAUAAGUUGUUCCAGUCUAGAGAUCUUGAAGGAGCAAUGUUGAAGUAUGAUAAGGCCCUCAAAUUGCUUCCAAGGAAUCAUAUAGAUGUUUCGUAUCUUCGGAGUAACAUGGCAGCGUGCUAUAUGCAGAUGGGGCUUAGUGAGUAUCCACGAGCGAUCCACGAGUGCAAUUUGGCUCUUGAAGUUACGCCCAAGUAUAGUAAGGCAUUGUUGAAGCGGGCCAGAUGUUAUGAGGGUUUGCAUAGGUUGGACUUGGCUUUAAGAGAUGUUAAGGCAGUUUUAAACAUGGAGCCGAAUAAUAUCAUGGCUUUAGAAAUAUCGGAGAGAUUAACAAAGGAAAUUGAGAUGAAAGGAUCAAAUGAAGAUGAUGUUGAGAUUAAGCUACCUCUUGAUUUUGGUGAAUUGCCUUCUUCAGUGUCGCCGCAAAAAAAGCCAAAAGAAAAGAACCGAAAGAAGAAAAACAACCAGAAGACUAAGGAAAUCAUUGAUGAGAAGAAGGUUGAUGAAACAGUGGAGGAGAAGAAAGUCGAUGAGAUGGUGGAGGAGAAGAAGGCUGAGGAUAAACUAGUCGUGGAGGAGAAAAUCUCGACACAGGAGGAAACACCUACGAACACUGUGAAGUUGGUGUUUGGAGAAGAUAUUCGAUGGGCUCAAUUGCCAGUUGAUUGCACUCUAUUGCAACUGAGGGAGGUUAUACGUGAUCGUUUCCCUACCUGCACAGCGGUCCUUAUCAAGUACAGGGAUGAAGAAGGUGAUUUGGUAACAAUUACUACCAAUGAAGAAUUACGAUUGGCUGAAACAUCUAAGGAGUCACAGGGUUCUGUUAGAUUUUAUAUAUUUGAAGUUAAUCCAGAGCAAGAUCCAUUCUACCAAAGGUUUAAGAAUGACGAGGUAGCUAAAUGUGAAGUUGAAGAAAAUAGCAUCUUUGAGAAUGGUCAUGCAUUAAAAUCGAAAGAAAUAAAGAUGUCAUCCUGCAUUGAUGACUGGAUAAUUCAAUUUGCUCAGUUAUUUAUAAACCAUGUUGGAUUUGAAUCUGGUCCAUACUUGGAUCUCCAUGAUCUUGGGAUGAAACUUUAUUCUGAGGCUGUGGAAGAGACAGUCACAAGUGAAGAAGCUCAGAGUCUUUUCGAAUUAGCAGCAGAAAAGUUUCAUGAGAUGGCAGCCUUAGCAUUGUUCAACUGGGGAAAUGUUAUCAUGGCAAAGGCGAGGAAGAAGGUCUACUUUGCAGAUGGUGGUUCGAAAGUGCGUGUGCUUGAACAGAUCAAAGCUGCAUUCGAAUGGGUCGAAAAUGAAUAUGCUGAAGCAGAAAGGAAAUAUCAAAUGGCAGUGGAAAUCAAACCAGACUUUUAUGAAGGCUAUCUAGCCCUAGGACAACAACAAUUUGAGCAGGCAAAACUUUCUUGGCAUUAUGCAGUUAGCAGCGAUGUUGAUCCGAAAACGUGGCCUUGCACUGAAGUUAUGGAACUUUACAAUAGUGCCGAGGAAAACAUGGAAACAGGCAUGAAGAUGUGGGAAGAAUGGGAAGAGCAGCGUACCAGCGAACUCUCUAAAUCAAACAAUAUUAAAACCCAGUUGCAAAAGAUGGGGUUAGAUGGGCUGAUCAAGGACAUAUCAGUUGACGAGGCUGCAGAACAGGCCAAAAAUAUGAGGUCUCAUAUAAACCUCUUAUGGGGAACCAUGCUUUACGAGCGAUCGAUACUGGAAUUUAAAAUGGGGCUGCCAGCGUGGCAUGAAUGUCUGGAAGUUGCAGUUGAGAAAUUUGAGCUUGCUGGAGCUUCUGCAACGGAUAUCGCAGUUAUGAUAAAGAAUCACUGUUCCAGCAACAACUCACAUGAAGGUCUUGGGUUCAAAAUUGAUGAAAUAGUACAAGCAUGGAAUGAGAUGUAUGAAGCUAGAAAGUUACUAACUGGAGUUCCAUCAUUCCGAUUAGAGCCACUAUUUCGACGAAGGGUCUCGAAAAUCUACCACGUGUUGGAAUAAGCUUGCUUGCAACCAAAUUUCAGGUUUUUCUUACAGACUAGAAGGAAUCGUAUACUAUUAAAGCAGGUUUCUUUUCUUCUUUCAUGGUACAGAUGUAGCAUGGUACCCAAGAAAUAUUAGAAGAUUGUUGUCCAUUUCUGGUCUGUUCUUAUGAAUUAUUUCUCAAUACACAGGGUUCUUCUAUCCAUUCAAAAUGUUGGGGACAUAUGGAAAUUGCAGGGGCUUCCAUUUUAGUUAGUUUCUGCUUUCACUUUCAUCCUCUUGUCUCCUUCAAGUAGUAUUUUUUUUUCAUGUUUAAGCUUAUAGUUAUCAUAAUUUUAGAUUGUCAAAGUCUUCUAGUGCACAAAUUCUUUCAUUAAUUCUUAUCUUGGUUUGCUAUUUUUAGUGUAAAUGACAUUUAUUUUGUAAUAUUAGUGGAGGUAUUUUUAUAUUCAUUUAAUUUAUUUUAAUUAAA